AUGGAGUCCUCGGCAGACAGGCUGGCCACGGCGGCGGCCCGGGGUCGGGCGGAAGAAGUGCGGGCGCUGCUCGAGGCGGGGGCGCAGCCCAACGCGCGGAACCGCUGCGGCCGGAGCCCCAUUCAGGUCAUGAUGAUGGGCAGCACCCGCGUGGCCGAGCUGCUGCUCCUCCACGGCGCCGAGCCCAACUGCGCGGACCCUGCCACCCUCACCCGACCGGUGCACGACGCCGCCCGGGAGGGCUUCUUGGAAACGCUGGUGGCGCUGCACCGGGCCGGGGCGCGGCUGGACGUGCGCGACGCCUGGGGCCGCCUGCCCGUGGACCUGGCUGAGGAGCGGGGCCACCGCGACGUCGCCCGGUACCUGCGCGCGGCCGCGGGGGACACCGAUGGCGGCAGCCACGCCCGCACAGACGCUGCGGAAGGUCCCCCAGGUGAGGACUGA